AUGAAGAAAGCUGUUUCUUUGAAUGAUAUUCUUACAGGGAAUACGAAGAGACCAAAAAAUAACGAGGUCAGCUCGCAUGUUGUUCCAGAAGAGAUAGACCUGGUUCAAAGCAGCGAUGUUGACGAUUCGCUCAUAGAGGAGACACCAGCGAUGUCAACUUCGAAGGAAUCGAUAGGUGAAUUCCCGCAAAUUCUAAAGCCCAAAAUACUCCCCAUUGGCGAAAGAGCGAGCAAUGCUUCUAUUAAAAGUUUUUUGAUGCAGAGGAAACCUCCAAAAGAUGCCCCGGAUAAGGAUCAGGUUGUGAUUUCUUUGGAAGAUGAUAUUAAGGUCAACGACAUAGAAGAGAUCAUUGAAACAUCAGAGGAGCAAUUCAACAAAGUGACCAAUCCCAUAAAACUGACCGAUCCGCAGAACUUUAAGAAAACUAAGCUAAAGAAUCUUUUCGAUAAUUUUAAGAAACCUGUAACAACAAAUGCCCUAACUGGUGAAGAAUCUACAAACGUAGAAAACUCAAUCGGAUCUGCAAAUACACCGCUGGAACGGUUCAGCGAGGUCUCAAAAUUGAAGCAAUUGGAUGCGCCGUUGCCAACUGUUCAGUUAAUCCAACCGACCGGAUUUGAAUAUUCCAAAGAAACCGCUGCAAUACCGCUAAAAGGGAAAAUUGAAAGUAUUCACAAUUUUGAGUUUUUACCCCAGGAUUAUAAAGCAUUAAACGUAUCAGAUACGGAGAACAAACGGGAGAGGAAAGAAUUCUCUUACUCCAUAAAACAUUCAGGAAGUACAUCGCUCUGGCCAGAAUUGUUUAAGCCUAAAACCGCCUCAGAAGUAAUGCUCGAACCUUCUUUGAAAAAAAGUCUCCAGAGAUGGAUCGAUGAUGCUUUUUCCAGACUAAAGAGACUGACAACGCGAAAGAAGUUGUUCAGCACCCAGCAGGAAGCUGACAAAGAUUUUAUAGAAUUUGAUGGAUUCAUAAUACCAGAUGAUAUGACGGAAGAAGAAGCCGCUAUGGAACAAUCUGGCAGUUACGAGGACUUUGUUCCCGUGAUGAUAUUGCAUGGUGAUGGUGUUGGCAAAAAUACCUUACUCUCAACUAUAAUGAAGGAACGAGGUGGUCAGAUAUUAGAGAUAAAUAGUACGCAAAACCGCAGUAAGAAGGAACUAUUGGACAAAAUGCUGGAAUACUGUACCUCACAUUACGUCAAGGAUAAAUCAACCGAGGGAAUCAUUCUCUUUGAUGAUGUUGACAUACUGUUCAAAGAGCACGAUAAGGGAUUUUGGAUGAUGGUUGAAAACGUUUUGAUGAAAUCCAGGAAACCAGUCAUAAUUACGUGUAGAGAUAUCAAUUUUAUCCCCACUUCACUUACAGAGAUCUGUGAACAAGAGGGCAGCUGCUUCCAUGCCAAAAAAGUAGCUACAAAAACAGUUGUUGCAUUUUUAGAGAAAUAUUGCAAAACUCUCGAUUUACAAUUGGAACAACCUGUUCUUCAACGAAUAGUGGAGUCCAACAAUAAGGAUAUCAGGAAAUGCCUGAUAGAAUUGCAGUUCUGGUUAUCUUCUGGUAGUAGGAUAACGUUACCGUACGUGGGCGCGGGCACCACAAGGAAUGAUCUCAUUUGCGAGAGAGUCCCCGAAUACUUGAAAUACCUAGAAUUGAUGUCGCAUUCAGAUAUAAUGGGGUCACACACUUAUAACCGGUCCCAAUUCAACCAAGACGCGGACGUAACGCUGAUGACUUCUGUGGCAAAGGAAAAGCUGAACACGCUGGUAGAGGAUUCCGUUCGCCUAGCCAACGAUUUCAUACUUGAUUACAGAUUACAUCUCACAGACGACCUGCACGAUUUUUUACUCCCCUUCGAGGUUAAUAUCGCUUCGCAUCUCGUGUCUCAGUUGCAGGAGCAUUGCUCUGAACUAAACCACCGUGGGUACACGAGCACGAAAUACCAUCGCAUGAUCCAACGAAGUGUACGCUUUUUACGCUCUCGGAUCACCAACCACUACAAUUCGAAAAGCUUCAGAAAGACCAGGAAUUCUCGGAGGAUACGCGAGAUACUAGAUAAUUUCAGAGGCAAUACGGAUUCUGCUGCAACUGCCGACGACGAGGACAAUACAGUUGAAUUUGAUUUUGCGACCACUGCCAGAGACCACAUCGCUGAGGAGGUAAACCCGUACGUUCUACACUUGGCGAACUACGACCUAGAGGCCAAGCGUUUCAAUAAACAGAGCUUUUCCGAGUAUGUGAGUACACUCUGCGAAGAGGACCAUUUCGGUGCGGCGAAGGAGAUGGUCGACAACGGCAUGUUCAGGUCUGUAUGGUUCCAGGGCAACCCAGAGGGAGUAAUAAACAGCUGGAAAUAA